GCUUGCACUCUUGGAGUGGAUACUCCUAUCACCAGACUGCCAUUGCCAUACACACACAGCUGGUUCCAACCAAGCCGACCGACCAUGGCGGCCAAGGAGGUGGAGAAGGUGGUCACCGCCGACGAAGAGACAACGGACAUCGUCGUCCAUAGGGUGCCGUACGGGGACCCGCCGGCGGUCCGGGCGCUGGACACGAGCGAGCUGACCACGUGGUCCCUGUACCGCGCCCUCAUCGGCGAGUUCACGGCCUCCCUCGUCCUCCUCUACGUGAGCAUCGCCACCGUCAUCGGGUACAGGAGCCAGUCCUCCGCCCCCGAUGACCGGUGCACCGGCGUCGGCUACCUCGGCGUCGCCUGGUCCUUCGGCGCCACCGUCUCCGUCCUCGUCUACUCCACCAGCGGCGUCUCAGGUAGAUAUAUACACAUCUCUGUCACAACAUACAAUAUUUUCUCCGUCCGCGGGCACAUAAACCCGGCGGUGACGUUCGCGCUCUUCAUGGCCGGGAAGGUGACGCUGGUGCGCUCGGUGCUGUACGUGGCGGCGCAGUGCCUCGGCGCCGUCGUCGGCGUGGGCAUCGUCAAGGGGAUCAUGAAGCACCCCUACGACGACCUGGGGGGCGGCGCCAACGCGGUGGCCGGGGGGUACUCGCUCGGGGCGGCCCUUGGCGCCGAGACCUUGGGCACCUUCGUCCUCGCCUACGCCGUCUUCUCCGCCACCGACCCCAAGCGCACCGCCCGCGACGCCUUCGUCCCCCUGGUGGCGGCGCUCCCGAUCGGCAUGGCGGUGUUCGUGGUGCACCUGGCGACCAUCCCGAUCACCGGCACGGGCAUCAACCCGGCGAGGAGCCUGGGUGCCGCCGUCCUGUACAACCAGCACAAAACCUGGAAGCAACACUGGAUCUUCUGGGUCGGGCCUUUCACCGGCGCGGCCUUGGCGGCGUUCUACCACAAGAUCGUGCUGCGCGACGGGGCUGUGGUGAAGGAGUCGCUGGCGAUGGGCUCGUUCAAGAGGAAUAGCUCCACCGCUUGAAGAUUGAUCGAGGAGAGGAGACCAUGCAUGCACAUGCCUAUAUAGUACUAUUGUUUCGUCGCUACAAGUGGGUUCCAUGCCAUGCCGGUGUCACUUCAGCCAUAUACGGUGCCACGUCGGCACAUUUUACGUCUACGAAUGAGAUUAGCACCAUAUUUGCACGUUCAUGUGCCAAGUUUUAGAAUCAGUUUGACGUAUUUUUCAAAUUCAGAUACUAACGUGAAUGUUUAUGACAAG